UUCCUGGUUUCAUCGCUUCUGUUACAACUCAACGAGGUCGUCGUGGAAGACCUGCAGAACGCAAACUUGUCAUGGAAUAAUCUAACUGAACAUUUUUCUCAGAAUGAGAGUCCUCGGUCUGCUUUAUGUUGUGCUGCGUGCCAUUUGUUGGGCAAAUGCGGCCUCUCACUCUCUGAAGUACAUCUACACUGUUGUCACUGGGGAUACUGACUCCCCAGAGUUCAUCAUCAGGGGUUUGGUGAAUGAUGAGCAGUUUGUGCAGUAUGACAGCAACAUCAGGAGGAUGAUCCCCCAGACUGAGUGGAUGGAAAAAUCAGUGGACAAGCAGUACUGGGACAACCAGACUCAGAAAGCACUCUAUGCACAUCAGAUCUUCAAAGACAAUAUUGGAAUUGCAGUGCAGCAUUUCAGGUCAACUCAGAAUGUGCACAUUCUCGAGUGGAUUGUUGGCUGUCAUUACAAUGAUGAAACCGGGGACACAGGAGGGAUUGAACGUUAUGGAUACAACGGGAAAUACUUCCUCACUGAUGAAAUGAAAACCUGGCAUUUCAUUCCACCUGCACAGCAGCUGUUUAUCAGUGCAGUGAAAUGGAAUCCAGCUGUGCUUGAGAAUGACAAGCAGUACCAGACCCAGAUCUGCAUUCAGUCACUGAAGAAGUAUGUGAGCUACAGGAGCACUCUGGAGAGGACAGUUGCUCCUGAGGUCUCUCUGCUGCAGGACUCCUCCUCUCCUGUCAUAACCUGUCAUGUGACCAGAUUCUACCCCCGUGACAUCAUGGUAACCUGGCAGAGAAACGGAGAGGACCUGGAUGUGGACGUAGAGCUGGGGGAGACGGUGCCCAACGAGGACGAAACUUUCCAGACCAAAUCUCACCUGAGAGUGAAGCCUGAGGACUGGAAGAGCCGGAAUUACACCUGUACUGUACAGCACAAGAGCGUGAAACGGAGCAUCGUUCUGCCUGUCAGAGAGGAGAACAUCAAGAAGAACACAGAUAUCAAGAGAAGGGCGUCAUCAUCGGCGUCAUCAUGUGUGCUGGCCGUUUUCAUCCUCGCCCUCGCUGUCAUCGCUAUCGUCAUUUAGAAGAAGAGAAACUCAGUCUCUGGAUUAGCGGUGGUCGAAGAACCAGGAGAGCCACGCACAACCGACGUGUCCUGCAGAGAAAGUCCCAGGAACAAGGAUCAGGGUGCGUGUUUUGGAUCCAACCAGGAGAAAAGGGCGAACGGCUUCCCCUUUUCCACUAUAACUCCCACAGACUUUGCACUGGAAACCGGGAAACAUUUCCAACAACGCAACCAAAGGACACUCAAGUAAGGGUAACUGUGGGCUUAGUAUAAUUAGCGACAGACCAAAUGUAGCCAAGUUUAUUAUUGGAUGUACGUAACUGGCUGUUAUUGUCUUUUAAUAUUAAUGUAAACGUUCUGUAUGUUCGGUUGGCUUUAAGCCAUCCACUGCGCUUCGUUAGUUUUAAUAUAUGUCACGCACUGAACAUAUCUUGCAUGUGAUCUAUUUUAAGUACUAACCGGUCAUAACACGGCAUGUUGCUCUCUAGCAAACACACAUAGAUAACUAUUCAGUUAGCCUGUAUCUGUUUGGUACGCUUCAUACGCCAUUGUUUUUCACUAGCUUUGUAUAGAUUCAAAAACCCCUCCAUUCAUACUCCAUCUUGUUCCUUUGUUCUCCGUGAAUACGUGUCCGCGGUACACAAGAGAUGCACUUCCUCCUAAACUGUACAAAAUAUACAAAUAUAAGAAAAAUACAUUACCACAAAUUUUCAGAAAUUAUAAGGUGCGGUCCUUUUAGGACAAGGACCAACAGCCCCAAUUGCGGCUCAAUAUGUCUCAGCUUGCUCAGAGGGACUCUGAGUGACCAUCCUACAUAAUUAUAAUGAUCUAUUUAUUUAUUUAUUUAUUUAUUUAUUAUUAUUAUUAUUAUUAUUAUUAUUUAUUAUUAUUUAUUAUUGUUAUUUAUUAUUAUUAUUAUUAUUAUUAUUAUUAUUAUUAUUAUUAUUAUUAUUUGAUUUGAUUUUUUUUCUUUAAAUGGUUGUGCCGAUUGAACAUUAAUAUUGUUAUUGUUCUGUUUUUUUUAUAGAAUGUUCAACUGUUAUUAGUAUUCCACUGCAAAUAUGUAUUUUGAAUUGAUUCAUGAUGCUUUAGCAAUAUGUACGCAUGUAUUUCCUGCCAAUAAAGCAAUUUGAAUUUGAA